AUGGCGCCCUCGCGGGCGAGCGCCUCGCGCGCCCUGCUGCGAGCGUUCCUCGCCCGCGCGCGCGCGUCCACCGCGCCCCCCCGCGCGCGCGUCGCGCCGUGGCGCGUCCUCGAGCCGCGCCUCGAGCCCGCGCGGGCCGCGGGGGCGGUCGCGAGGUCGCCCGCGUCGUGGUCGUCGAUCGUCCGCUCGCCGCGCGGGUUCGCGGGCGCGAGCGCGGGGAGGGAGCGGAAGAAGAGCCCGCUCCCCGCGCCGCUCGAGGAUGAGACGGAGGGCGAAGAGGAGAAGGACGCGAGGAAGACGACGACGACGGAGCCGACGAAGGAGGAGGCGCGGCGGGCGGGCGAGGGCGACGAGGACGCGAAGAAGCUCGCGGCGCCGGCGCGUUUCUCAGACCUCGAAGACGUCUCCGCGCGCGCCGUCGCGCUCCUCGCCGCGCGGGUGUGCUGGCUGAAGUACGUCACCCUCGGCGUCUUCAAGUUCAUGUACGAUCCGCACUUUCACGUCUCGCCCCUCGGCGGGCUCGUCCUGGACAGGUUCGCCGCCAACGACAUGAACGCCCUGCGCGCGAUGACGGGUGACGCGGUUUUCGCGGCGUUCCGCGACACGUGGAUCGAGUACGACCGAAAGAACCUGAGCAUGGCGUUCGAGCGCGGGGAAAACCUCUUCGCGGUGAUGACGGGCGUGAGACCCGUGCGGUACGACGCGAACGGCGCGGCGCUGAGCGAGAUCGAACGAAUGUCGCACUACGCGGAGUCCAGCCCCGAGUUCGCGCGAGCGUACCCCGCGGCUGCGGCGAACCCGGCGCACGCGCCCGGGGGCUGGAACGCGGUCAGGGUGACCGUGUACUUCAAGUCCGACGACGUGUGCGUGCUCGUGGACAAGGUGUCGGAGGAGAAGACGAACAUCACGGACCCGCGAGGGGCGGAGUGGACGUUCGAGAGGGUCCUCCCGGAGAAAGUGCCGACGACGGCGCCGGUGACGACGCCGUGGAAGCUCGUGAACAUCGAGUGA